AUUGAACCCUUUGAUAGGAAAAUAGACGUUUAUAUUAAGUUUCUUAAUAGCAUUAUUGCCUCAGAAGAACAUGGAAAAAGGCCUGAAAAAGCGCGUAUACUUCUCAAAAUGUAUAAAGAGGCAAGUAAAAUUUUUCGACUAGAGAUAGAAGAAACUAAGUGGCGUGAUAGGAGCCUUCUCGGUUCUUAUCAUUCAAGGCUGCUUGCUGAGCCACAAAACCCAAGUGACCUUCUUGGCUGUUUGACGUGGCCUGCUUGGUUGCCUGAUGAACCUCGAAAUGAUUAUAAGUUGGCAAGAAAAUGGGAAAUGCGUAAAUCAGCUAAUGAUGGCUCUGUGUAUUUUUACAAUCCGUCAAUGACAAUUACUGGUAAUUCUGUAGUUAAAGUUGGAAAAGAGAUCAAAAGGACUAAAUAUACUACUCCACCGCGGCCACUGUACAAAGUAUACAACUUACGGCCACCUACAGAUAAAACUUUAGAUAUCAAAAGCACAGCAAAAAAGCCAUAUUAUAUUGAUUAUUUUAUAGGACUCGGAAAUGUUGAAUGGGAGCUAAUGGAAGAUACUACUAUG